AAGUAAAUUUUUAUUCAAAAUCCAUGUUUACGAAAAUAUGUUAGCACAUAAUUUCGUAUAAAUUUCGACAAAAAAAUAACAACACAUUUUAAUUAAGUAUGUCAUUUUAAUUGACUUUUUUUUAUUAGAUUGUUAGAAAAUUUUAGUGUUCAUUACUUAUAUCGUGGAAGAAUAAUUGAAAAAAUUGUAUUUUAUAAAUUGAGUCUGUUGCGUUUUUAUAUUAAACUAGACACUGAUAAAAUAUUUGAGUCUACAGCAUUUAAAAAAACCAAUGAACUAUGUUACCCCCGCAUAAUGGUGAAAUUAUGCAUCUCAACGUUGGUGGUACAAGGUUUUCUACUUCACGGCAAACAUUAACUUGGGUACCUGAUUCCUUCUUUACGGCUUUAUUAAGCGGCCGUAUUUCUAGCUUACGAGAUGAUACAGGAGCUAUAUUCAUAGAUCGUGAUCCUAAAGUUUUUGCCAUCAUUUUGAAUUAUCUUAGAACUCAUGACAUUGAUUUGUCUGGCACUGAUAUUAGAACACUUCGUCAUGAAGCUGAAUUUUAUGGUAUUAUGCCACUUGCCAAGCGGCUUAUUUUAUGUGAAGAUCUAGAUCAGUCAUCAUGUGGAGACAUUUUAUUUUAUAGCAUGUUACCAGCUCCAAUGUUUUUAGAUCCUCCUAUGCAAGAGUCCGAGACAAUCAGUAAUGCUGCUAAAGUUGAUGAUCAAACACGGCCUGGUUCAAUUGUCCGUGUCCCUGAACCAGCUCCACCACCAAAUUCUCCUUCAUCAAUACCUCAUACUCAUGGUUAUCAAAGUCGUUGUCAUUCUCGUAAUUCAUCAUUGGAUAUUUCACGGGUCACUGUAAAUGGCCGUGGAUCAGUCAUUAAUGGGCGUAGUAAUGGUAAUAGUGGACAUUCUCGAGCAGCAUCACUUGGUAACCAUGUACCGAAUCACCAUUCCAGAAAUUCAUCAGCUGAUCUCAAUAAGUAUAUAAGAAAUGAUGCAUUAAACUUGGUUUUUGGUUAUAAUCAAGGUUCUAAUUGGGCUGAUCCAUUGCGUGUCCAAAUCAUCAAAGCUCAUCAUAAUUGGAUUGUAGUUGCUUAUGCACACUUUAUUAUAUGUUAUAGAUUAAAAGAUUCAAGUGGUUGGCAACAAGUUUUCACAUCACCACAUAUAGAUAAUUGUAUAGAACGAAUAGCUAUUAAUGCUAAAAUGAAUAGCCAGAGUGGUAAUUCAGAUGGUUCUUCUGUUAUGGUAGCUAUAUCAUAUGGAAAUCAAGUACGUCUUUGGGGUGUUUCAGAACAGGGAUCUCGAACCAACAUAGGUACAUUCAAUUUGAAUGUUCGUGUUGAACAUUUAUUUUUUAUUGGUAGUCAACUUGUUGCAUUAUCACCUACUGGUAAAAUAGGAGUUUGGCAUGCAAUGACUCAACAUUGGCAAACUCAAGAUGUUGUACCAAUCGCAUCAUUUGAUACAGCUGGUUCAUUUUUACUUCUGGGUUGUAAUAAUGGAUCAAUAUAUUAUAUUGAUAUGCAAAAGUUUCCUUUGCGAAUGAAAGAUAAUGAUUUACUAGUUACAGAACUGUAUAAAGAUCCUUCUCAUGAUCCAAUUACGUCAAUUUCUGUUUAUUUAACUCCUAAAACAAGUGUAAGUGGAAAUUGGAUUGAAAUAGCUUAUGGAACGAGUUCAGGAACUGUACGUGUGAUUGUUCAACAUCCAGAAACCGUAGGACAUGGGCCUCAGCUGUUUCAGACAUUCACUGUACAUCAAAGUUCAGUCACUAAGGUAACAUUAUCAGAGAAAUUUCUCGUAUCUGUAUGUAGUGAAUAUAAUCAUGUAAGGACAUGGAGUGUGACUAGAUUUAGAGGCAUGAUUUCUACACAACCUGGAUCUACUCCAGUAGCUUCGUUUAAAAUACUGUCUCUCGAAGAAGUUGAACCAUGCAUUAGCUACUGUGCUGGAAAUGAUUGUGGACCAUAUGGUGAGCAAGAUGAUGAGCAAGUCUUUGUUCAAAAAGUUAUGCCCGAAACUUCAGAAUUAUUUGUUCGUCUUGCGUCUAAUGGCAAAAGAGUUUGCAUAAUUCGAGCCGUGGAUUGCACAAUAAUUACAUGUUUUUGUGUACAUGAGUGUGAGGGGUCUAGCCGCAUGGGAUCCCGACCUCGCCGAUUUAUACUAACUGGACAUUGUAAUGGUACUAUUCAAAUGUGGGACCUGACUACUGCUUUGGACUUGGCUAACAAAGAUUUGCAACCCAUUCCGAACGGUGGCCCAACGGCUGAAGAAUUAUUGCGAUUGUUAGACCAAUGCGACUUGAGUAACAGUCACUGUUCGACGCCUAGCAUAUCUCCAUAUCCGGGAACAUUAAUCUCUAAGGGAAAUACAGCCAGACUGAAAGCAUCCAAUGUUGCAUUUCUAAAUCAGUCUCAACAGACAGAUGCUUCCACUUCGACCUCGUCAUUAUAAAAUUAUAAUUUCAUAUUUAUGCUCGUUUACGGAUGUGCGGUGAUAAAUAUUGUUUAUAAUCAUAUAGGUAUAAUCAUAUAUGAAAUCAAAUACCUAUAUGCGUAUUAUAAUUAUUUUUUUUUUCUUAGUUGAUAUACUAGUACACUGGUUGUACAAUUAUAAUCCAUCACUUCUUUAUUGUUGCAUAUCUAAUUAAUGUAUACUUAAAUAUUAUUGUAUACAUUUAUAAUAUGUAUUUAUAUCAUAAAAAAUUAUUUUUCAAGUAAAUAACAUAUUUUUAUGCUUUGAAAUUGAGCAGCAAUCACCUGAAUUUUUGUUAAAGAUAUAGUAACUUACAUUUACAGUAACUUUUUAUCUGAAAUAUUGUAUAACAUUUAAUUGGAAUAACAUUUAUACGUUUUUGACAGAAUCGAUAUGCUCAAGUCCCAUUUCAUAUUUUUUUAUAAUCUUUUAUUAACAACAAAUAUUGAUCAUAGCUUCAUAGGUUAUAAGCCCAGAGAUGAUGGAACUUAUUUAUUUAUAAUGGUUUUUAUAAAAUUUAUAAAAAUAUAUAAUGUAGGAUCAAUAAAGA